AGGAAUUUGUAUCAGAUAUUAUACAGUAGGUGAACAGCUGUGGCACACCCCCACACACUAUAAUCUAUACUUACACGUCUGCCCUCACACACUCUGUACGUACACACACAUUUCUAUCCCAUACGUGGCUAGGCCACCAGACUCAGAGCUUCAGCGGGCUUCAGAGAGGGAGGGAAGCGGACACAGAGCUAUCUACUUUUUACACUUUCGGUCACCCCCGUCUCGCCGUGAAUGGGAUAUUAAAAGUGAUGCAGGGUUUAUGGAACUAAAGCUACCACUCUCUCGUCAACGUUGACAGCAGCCCGGCAGUGAUGACCACGCUGCCGCCGGUCAUCAAGGGCAUCCCCACUCUGGAUCCUGAUGGUACACUUAGCAUAACAGAGACUAAGACACCAUGGAAUUACAGCGCUGUCACUGCCUACAAACUGAUGGAACUGCCCGCUCUCUCCACCUCGGUGGCCAUGGUCGGAGAGGCGCACCACCCUUUCCCCACCGUGGACGUCCCAGACCACGCCCACUACACCAUCGGCUCCGUCAUCCUGGCCAUUGGGAUCACUGGCAUAGUGGGAAACGUCCUGGUCAUUUACGCCUUCUGCAAGAGCAGAGGCCUGCGAACACCUUCCAACAUAUUCAUCAUUAAUCUGGCCAUCACGGACCUCCUGAUGUGCGUCACGCAGACGCCCACCUUCUUCACCAACAGCAUGCACAAGCGCUGGGUCUUCGGGGAGAAAGCCUGUGAGGUGUACGCCUUCUGUGGUGCUCUGUUUGGGAUCUGCUCCAUGAUGACUCUGACGGUCAUCGCCAUGGACCGCUACUUCGUAAUCACACGACCGCUGGCAUCCAUGGGGAAGAUGAACCGCAGGCGUGCCCUGCUCAUCCUGUCCGGCGCCUGGCUUUACUCCAUGGGGUGGAGUCUGCCUCCUUUCUUUGGAUGGAGUGCAUACGUCCCUGAGGGCCUGAUGACCUCCUGCUCGUGGGACUACAUGACGUUCACCCCAUCAGUGCGGGCCUACACCAUGCUCCUCUUCACCUUCGUGUUCUUCAUCCCCCUCUUCAUCAUCAUGUACUGCUACUUCUGCAUCUUCCGCGCCAUCCGGAGCACCAACAGAGCGGUGGGCAGAAUCAGUGGGGAGAGCACCAAGGACUCCGUCAGGAGGUUCAACCACAUGCAGACUGAAUGGAAGAUGGCCAAGGUGGCCCUCAUUGUCAUCCUCCUCUAUGUCAUCUCCUGGUCUCCGUACUCCGCUGUGGCGCUCACAGCCUUCGCUGGCUAUGCAGACAAAAUCACACCAUAUAUGCAUUCUGUUCCGGCUGUUAUCGCCAAGGCCUCUGCCAUCCACAACCCCAUCAUCUACGCCAUCACACACCCUAAGUACAGGUCAGCCAUCGCUAAGUACAUCCCUUGGCUGGGAGCGAUCAUGUGUGUGCCACGCAGAGACCGCUUCACCAGCAGCAGCUUCAUGUCCACCCGCCGCUCCACCGUCACCAGCCAGUCAUCCGACAACAGCAACUACCACCGCGCCGUCAAGCCCUGCCUCUCGUCCGUGUCCGACAGCGAGUCUGGGUGGACAGACAUUGAGGGAGAUCUCUCCAGCACGGGCUCCCGCCCCGCCAGUCGCCAGGUGUCCUGUGACGUGAUGCGGCAGGACAUGGCUGAGCUGGUCAACCUCAGGCCCACCAGCUCUCUCAAGGUCAAAGUGCGGCGGCGCGACUCCGAGAGGAUGUCAGGCCCACCCUCAACAGAACGCAGCCGGCCGGAAUACGUCAACACCCUGAUAGAUGCAGACACCAUCUCCCUGACUGACAUAAGCAUGAGCAGCCGACUGCCCUCACUGCCAUGCACAGUCAUGGAGAAUUCGAGCCAAAUACCUUCCAUCAUUGUCACUUCAGAAUCCAGCCCUGCCUUGACCUCAACCAGUCUCCGUGGCAACCGAGCCAGCAAGAGUGUUCCAUCCAGUUUGGUGGACCCUGGCCGUGCCCCUGAUCUGGCCACUUCCUCAAAGCCCCCUCCACUGCCUCAAGACUCCGUCUGAACUGCAUCUUCUCUGACUUAAACUCCACAUGUUGUUUUUUCUCUCUGUGUAUUUUAAGUCCAAGUAAGGCUUUAGUUAAGAAGAAACAUGCACAAUUCCAUCGUUUUAGUCAACUUAUCCGCAUGCCUUUUUUCAUGACAUUUCCAUGUCAUUGUAUUUUUGUGCAGGUUUAGUUUAAUCUGUGAGGUAGAGUGGUGCCUGAUUGUGAAGGCUUCACGGCGAAUCUGAUGCGCAUCAUGCACACGUAGAACAUGCAGCAGCUCUCACACACACACACCACACAGCUCACGCUGUUUAAAGCGCUCGGACUAGAGCAAGAACCCUGUGAGUGUCAGUAUCUCCCAGCGGGGGGCGGACCUGUGAGACUCUGAGGCCUGCCAAGACUCGGUGUUGUGCAACGUUAGACACCAGAUAGAGCCCCAGCAUUGUAGAGG